AUGUGGAUUCCAAGAGAUAGCUGUGAAGACAAUAAACGAUUCAAGUGCAAAAGAGGAUAUGUAUCACAAGUUCAAACAACUUGUAAAAACGGAGUCUGGAUUUUGGAACCAGCUUGUCAAGUAUUAGCUGUAGAGUGUCCACAAGGUGUGAAAAUCACUAACUCUGGUGAUGUAACAGAAUCAAGAAUAUUUGGUGAAGAUUUUAGUUAUGACUGUAAAACUGGCUACACUAAGAAUGGUGGAGUUGGUACUCUGAGGUGUGGUGUAAAUGGUACUUGGACAGAACAACAAGCUUGUCAAGAGUGUCCACAAGGUGUGAAUAUCACUAACUCUGAUGAUGUAACAGAAUCUAGAAUAUUUAGUGAAGAUUUUAGUUUUAACUGUUCUGUUGGCUACACUAAGAAUGGUAAGACGGGUAUUCUGAGGUGUGGUGAAAAUGAUAUGUGGACAGAACAACAAGAUUGUCAAGCUGUAGAGUGUCCACAAGGUGUGAAUAUCACUAACUCUGAUGAUGUAACAGAAUCAAGAAUAUUUGGUGAAGAUUUUAGUUAUAACUGUAAAGCUGGCUACACCAGGAAUGGUGGAACUGGUACUCUGAAGUGUGGUGAAAAUGGUACUUGGACAGAACAGAUAGCUUGUCAAAGUGAGAUAACGAAUGAAACUUAUGUUGAAUUUUUUACAUAUGGUGGUUUUCCAGCCAAUUGUCAUGAGUUGUGUACUGACGAUACCAAGUGUGGUUUUACUCUACAAAUUGUCGGAAACUGUGUUUUCUAUCCAAAACCGAUCCUGUACACAAAUCCAAAUUUGGUAACGACUCUUUCCGAAUGUAUAAAGAAAUGUAAAGAUAACACAGAAUGUUUGACAAUAUCUCACCAUUUUACUUGUACUUUAUUCAGUGCCAACUACACCACGGUGGCUAGUAAAUUCAGGAUUGUGAGUCGAGACGAUGCAACCAUUGUAACUGGUCUUCAUUAG